AUGACGGGUUCCACGCCACUGAAGACCAACACCUCAAGCAGGAAGAACUCAUCACACAAGCAUGAAAAUGUCGACCCAUUCAUCAAAACUGAUCUCCACAACCACACCACUCUUGUGCUGUGCCUCCACUGGAUCACUGCUAUCUGCGGCAUCUCCGAGGAUGAUUUCCUUGCCCUGGUCACUGCCAUCACCAAGGCCAAGUGGUUCGACAAGCCACACAUACAGGAUGCGGUAGCGCAAUUUUGCUUGUGCAUCCACAAAAACGACCGAUAUGGACCAUUCUGUGGCCUUGCAAACGGGGUCCUUCAGCUUGCGAAAGAAGAACCACGACUUGUGCAGCUGGGAUUUAGCAACCAUCCGAUCUUUGGCGGCACCUGGAUAUGCAACAAUCCAAUUGUUAUUGCACGCCACAAGCAGCAUGGUACCAAGGGCAUUCAGCAGAAACCCAACAUCAUCUAUGUGCGAUCGAGAGACCUCAAGGCGGAAGGGAGAGAUAAAAAAGGGCUGGCUAUCAGGAUGUGGACAGAGCUAAUGGCGUUCUGUGAGGUCAAGGAAGAGAAGGCAACAGAGAGACGCAAGAUUGUGUGUGCAAGAAUGCAGCCGCCUCAGGCUGUCGACAGGCCGCAGGGUUCUCCGCUGACGGUUCCAGACAAAACUGUAUCUGGAACCUCCUUUUUGCUAGCAGCCGCUCUCUCUGCCAUUUCGGGCUUGACAGAUGCGACAACCGCUCAGCCUUUCCAGACUUGGUCUGCAACUGCAUCCGCUGGAUCGUCAUCUCAUAAGCGUAAGCAGAAAGGUACUGACUUCAAAGACCUCAGUCUAUCUUCCAGCUCCAGCUCCAAGAGGCAGAGAUGA